AUGCCGCUGGCGCAAUUCGCCGAGCCGUUCGGCAUAACACCAGCCGCCAUUGAGAAUGUCUCGCCGGGAAUCGACACCGCCAAAAUCGACGUGUCGAUGCGAAGCGAUGCCGAUUGCAGUUCGGAUUUGUCGACGACGUUUGGCGACAAGACCGACACCACGACCGAAACGGAAAUCGACAUUGGUGAUGUGCGCAAAUGCGGCGAAAAAGCCGAUCCGCGCCAGUUCGAGCUGCUCAAGGUGCUCGGGCAGGGAUCGUUUGGCAAGGUGUUUUUGGUGCGAAAAGUUCGCGGAAGGGAUGCCGGGCAUGUGUAUGCGAUGAAGGUGCUGAAAAAGGCGACGCUUAAAGUUCGCGAUCGACAGCGGACGAAACUCGAACGCAAUAUUUUGGCACAUAUCUCGCAUCCAUUUAUAGUCAAAUUACAUUAUGCAUUCCAAACUGAAGGCAAAUUAUACCUAAUAUUGGAUUUUUUACGAGGAGGUGAUCUGUUCACUCGAUUAUCGAAAGAGGUUAUGUUUACCGAAGAUGAUGUUAAAUUCUACCUUGCCGAGCUCACUUUGGCUCUUGAGCAUUUGCAUAGCCUUGGAAUCGUUUAUAGAGAUUUAAAACCGGAAAACAUUCUUCUUGAUGCUGAUGGCCAUAUUAAAGUAACCGAUUUCGGAUUGAGCAAAGAAGCCAUAGACAGUGAAAAGAAGACGUAUAGCUUUUGCGGAACUGUCGAAUAUAUGGCGCCGGAAGUGAUCAAUCGGAAAGGGCAUUCGAUGGCUGCAGAUUUCUGGUCUCUCGGUGUUCUUAUGUUUGAAAUGCUUACCGGGCAUUUGCCGUUCCAAGGAAGCGAUCGCAAUGAUACGAUGACCCAGAUUCUGAAAUCGAAACUAUCGAUGCCGCAUUUUUUGACGCAUGAAGCUCAAUCUCUUCUGCGUGCGCUUUUCAAGAGAAAUGCUCAGAAUCGUCUUGGAGCAGGACCCGAUGGAAUUGAGGAGAUCAAACGGCAUCCAUUCUUUGCCAAAAUCAAUUUUGUCAAAUUGCUCAACAAGGAGAUUGAUCCGCCUUUCAAGCCCGCGUUGGCCACCAUCGACAGCACACUUUAUUUCGAUCCGGAGUUCACGAAACGAACGCCGAAAGACUCGCCGGCGCUUCCGGGCUCGGCGGCGAAUCACGAGAUAUUUCGAGGGUUCUCGUUUGUUUCGGCCGCCGUCACUGAGCAGCAGAAGAAGUGCGAGAAGCCGAUUCGAUCGGUGCCGACGGCGAAGACGAACGCGUUCACUGACGACUACGAGAUUCUGGAGUUGAUUGGACGAGGCGCGCAUUCGGUGGUGCACAAGUGCGCGAUGAAGGCGACGAGAAGAAAGUAUGCCGUCAAGAUUGUUAAGAAGUCUGACUUUGAUGCUUCGGAAGAGGUUGAUAUACUUCUACGUCAUUCCCAUCAUCAGUACAUCGUCAAGCUUUUUGAUGUUUAUGAAGAUGAAGCUGCUAUUUAUAUGGUCGAAGAACUUUGCGAAGGGGGUGAACUUCUUGACAGAUUGGCGAAUAAGAAAUCGUUGGGAAGUGAGAAAGAUGUGGCUGCCGUAAUGGGAAAUCUGCUGUUUGCCGUCCAGUACUUGCAUUCUCAGCAGGUUGCCCAUCGCGAUUUGACGGCUUCGAAUAUUCUGUUUGCUUCGAAAGACGGCGAUCCGAGUUCGGUUCGAAUCGUUGAUUUUGGAUUCGCGAAACAGUCUCGAGCCGAGAAUGGAAUGCUCAUGACGCCGUGCUACACGGCUCAAUUUGUGGCGCCGGAAGUGCUCCGCAAACAGGGAUACGAUCGAUCAUGCGACGUGUGGUCUUUGGGUGUUUUGCUUCACACAAUGCUCACUGGAUGCACGCCGUUCUCGACGGGACCCAACGAUACGCCCGAUCAGAUUUUGCAACGAGUCGGAGACGGCAAGAUAUCGAUGAGCAAUUCGGUGUGGAACAAUAUCUCCGAAAAUGCCAAGGAUUUGGUACGAAAAAUGCUUGAUGUUGAUCCGAAUCGGCGUGUAAAUGCGAAACAAGCGCUUCAGCACCCAUGGUUGUGGCAUAGGGAUGUUCUUCCGGAUCGGCCGAUUCAGGAUGAGAAGGAUGGGCUUGAUAUGAAAAACGUAAAAAAAUUGCACAAUUUGUUGCAGGUGGCACUUGAGCAAACGUAUCGUGCAAUUCAAUCGGCGCCGAGUGUCGAAUUACGCCCUGUGGGCUCGUCGGCAUUGGCGAAACGACGGCUCAAAGAAGUGCUGACGACGAAUUAUGCAUCGAAUGUGAAGUCGACUGCAAUUCACUUUUUUCGCAAAUUUUUCGCCACUGACCGUAACCAGACAUUAUUGCCCGAUGAGUCGCCAUAUUAUGAGCGGAUUGUGACGAGAAUCAUGGCGUUCCUCAACGAGAACACACUUCUCGAUGAUUCGCGAAUCGACGCCAUCUGGAUCAUCACCAACAUGUGUUGCAUUAGCAAACAAGUCACCCAUCUCAUUGUCGACAUGAACUGCAUAAGCACCCUCCUCAGAUUCCUCAAGUCACCCAAUAAAAUACUCGUUAAUCAGUGCAUUUGGGCUCUCGCCAAUAUCGCCGCCGAUUGUCAAGAAUGCAAAAUGCGGUGUCGAUCGGUGAAGUUGUUUCGGAAGCUCGCGCAACUCCUCGCAAAACCCAACGAAAUGAACACAAUCGAUCGAAAAAACGCGAUCUGGUGUAUCAAUAAUCUGACUUCCGGCGGUAGUGUCGAUAUUCCGUUCGCAGUGGCUCGGUCGCUGAUCAUUGCAUUACAUAAGAAUCUGCUAGGGCCUGAUGGUGAGCCGAUGUAUACCGCGGCAAGAGUGUUGUGGUCAAUGGCGAGCAUCGUCGAUGAUAUGAAUGAUCUUCGGAAGAUUGGCAUCGUUCUACGACAGCCCGCGCUUCUCGAGACUGCUAUGCUCAUUUUUCUAAGCAAUAAGUACACGUCGCUUCACACCGCUGCUCUUCGACUCAUCGGCAACAUCGCGGUUGGCGAUGAUUCGCACACCGACAAACUCAUCAACUCACCGACAUUCCGAUAUGUCAUCGAUGUCGCCAUGCGUUCCGAAGAGUACAAGGGCGAGAUCGCGUGGAUCUGCUCGAAUCUCGCCGCCGGCCAACCAAGACAUAUCGACUACUUAUUGCAGGACGAGCAAUUCUAUAAUUGGGUGCUUGCCGGAGCUCAUUCCAACGAUCGACGCCUCAAGAAGGAGUGCCUCUGGAUUGUGGCGAAUAUGCUAGUCAGCGCGGAUGAGAAGCAAAUCGAAACGCUUGUCAACGAGGGCAUCGUCAAUAUGAUUCCGCUAUUAUUGAAAUCCGAAGACGUACGACUCAAUGAGAAGGCGCUCACCUCAGCAAUCCGAAUUCUUCAGGAGUUUCCAUGGCAAUGCAAAUUAUACGGAAUUCUCGACAUUCCGAAUAAUAUCAACAAGGACCUACUAACCGACGAAUCGCCGGAAAUGUUCGUCGCCCAUCAACGACGUCUGGUGCAGCUCAUGGAGAGCAUGAAGACACCAAAGCGAAGCGGAUUUCUGGCGAAUUGCCGAAUGAUCAGUUAUUCACUCACCGACAUGCGUUGCGAACCAAUGAUUUCAUAA